AUGAUCAAAACUCCUCCCAAGUGCUGCUACUGCUGCUAUUACCCCUCGGAAAACUGGUUCUUCCAGAACGCACUAUACACCGCUUCUAUUGAGCCCCUCGUUGACCAGUUCUUCGCGGGCUACAACUGCACAGUGAUUGCGUAUGGUCAAACAGGUUCUGGUAAGACCUACACCAUGGGUAGCGCGAGCUACGUAUCCCAGGACUCUGGCCUCAUCCCUCGAGUCAUUGGAGAAAUUUGUCGACGAGUUGAAGAAAGCAAUCCGGAGGAGACUAUCGAGCUCACAUGCAGUUUUAUUGAGCUCUACAACGAGGAGAUUCGAGAUCUACUCGACCCCUCAGCAGCUGCACUAGACCCUGCUCCAUCCCGGUCGGCUAACAAUGGUCUUGCUGGUGGAAAACGUGGAAUCAGCCGAAGUACUUCUUCAACGGAUAAGAUUCGAAUUAUUGAAGACCCGACAUCGAAGAACAUCAUUCAUCGUUAUGCUAUUGCUAAGGUUAUCGGUUGUACUGAGGAACCAGUGGAGUGUGCUGCUGACCUACACCUAUGUCUAGAUCGGGGCUCAGUCGUGAGACAGUAA